AUGGCCGGGGUGCAGAGCAACAUUCGGUCUUUCAUUGCGCCGAUCAAAGGAUCUGGUCGAACCGCCCCGGCAUUGCUCGAGGAUUUAACACUCUACGAACCAUGGCGAGACUCCGAAGACCUUCCGAACCUGCUGGCUGAUUCGCCUCUCAAGUUCAGUCAAGCACCCUAUCUGGCAGACUUCCUGCCUCUCGAGAGCUGCAGGCAUAAAUUUGGUUUGAAGCCGAGACAAUCUGAUCCCCCCGCAUUGGAUGAGAAACCCGGUCCGCAGACAAUAUGGACUGUCGCAGCAUUCUGUCAGGUUUGCCGCGUCCAUCUUCACGUCAAGGUUGAUUACACCAUCAGAUUUGAUGACGGCCCCUGCCCAACUGUCGAGCAUCCUCUGCAUCACCUGGUGAGGUCAGACUUUCAAGAGCCGUUGGAGAGGAAUGCGUGGCUGCGCAAGAACCCGAACUCUCAAGAUGAGAUAUACACCUACAAAUGCUCUUCUCCUACCUGUUCCGCCAUCGUUACCGUACGAUAUAGCCCCCCGGUCCUGCGCCCUAGCGACAUCCACACACUGAUCGAUCCCGCGCUGCUUCGCCAGAGGACAGAAGAUGCUUUCCGCGAGCGGGAAGGCAAUACGGAGGGGAUGCGACACCCAGGGCCAAUGGAUGUCCUGUUGGAUCUUCGAGCAUAUCUGAGAAACUCCUGGCGUGCAAGAGACGAUGCAAAGUACAGGUCAAUCAAUCUCUCAAACCGGAGAUUCAUUGUCCGAUUUGGACCAGAGGGAAAUGCUUGCAAGGAGGUCCUGGAGCAUCUCGGCUUCCAGCUUGUGCCUGGGGAUUGCUGGAUGGUGCCAGAACCCAAUUUCGAAGAAAAUCUACCGUACCAGAGUCCCGUCAAUAUCUGGCUAGACAAUGCCGAGCACGAGUUGACUGCUCUCCUUCUAUCGCGUCCCUACGAAGAGCGGCAGCAAUUGCAAGAUGUCACCCCUCCUCUUCCUGCUGAAAGGGAGCUUUCACGGGCCCUAGGGUGUCAGGACUAUGACACACAUCCUGGCAGCAGAACUACUAGGAUCUCUCCUGAGAUGAGAACUCCUCCUUUCACUGCGCUCGGUUGCCCUAUGGAUUUGUCGGACCAACUCGUCGCCAAAGCCUACCACUGGCAAGUGCAAGCAGAUCGCCAAAAUUCACACGUCUACCUCAGUAACCUCAAGUACAUUGGAAAUCAGCGCCAGAGUGAGCUUUUACAAACCGAAGUUGUAUUAGAGACAUCACGGGGCCAGUAUGAUGCGGAGAUGUUGGAAGAAGCAUACAAAGCCUUCCAUCUCAGCGGAUCUGGGGGUUCGGUCAGUGAUGAACACAUUAUCGGCUCAUUCACAGCUCAACUGGCAGAUUCACCAAGCCACGAACACCAACUCAGAGAUUAUCUCCGCAUCAUCGGAGUUCAUCGUGACAGUAAACGCAUCAUGGACACUGCAAUGAAUAUUAUUGACAGCUACGAGUCUGCGCUCGCCUUCCUAGAUGCCGAUCCCACCAUCGAAGACGAGCACAUACAAGCUCUGUUUGCCGUCAAGACAAAUGACAACAAGGCUUUAGAAGAGCAAGCCAUCCAAGCCGUUCGCGUAAUUGCCCAGCACCGCAAAAGCCGGUUUCUGUCCAAGUGGAUCGAUUCAGGAUUUUCAAACGACACUCACAACCAAAUGGAGCCUGCCGAAGGUUACCAAGCCCUCCAAAUCGACAAUCGCGAGAUCGAUGAUGAGAUGAUCCUGUAUCAAUAUAAUAUAGCCGUCGAAGAAAAUCCUGGCAGUGUGGAAUACUACAACAGAGCGCUUGCCGCGAUCGCCAAAGGUCGGAACAGCUCAAUCUUGUUGGACCAUCUACACAGCAGGGCUCCACAAGAACCGCAGGGCAAGCCAGAAGAACCUGUUGGACUGGAAAAUAUUGGGAACACCUGCUAUUUGAACAGCUUGUUGCAGUUCCUGUUUACGAUGAACGAGGUGCGACAGUUGGUUCUCAACUUUGAUGAUUACAAGAUGCCCUUGGAUGAGAAGAGCAUGGAGCAAAAGCGCGUUGGCCAGCGAAAAGUGAGCGUCAAGGAGGUCCAAACUGCACAGAAAUUUGUCGCCAGCCUAGCGUCUCUAUUCCGUGGCAUGAUACAAACACCCCGUUCAUCCAUCAAGCCGGAGCAGGAGCUUGCGCGAUUGACUCUGGAGACCGAAAGUGUCAAAGAAAAGAUGCGACGAAGGUCCACCCUCAAGUCGAACGAGCGCCCCAGCUUAGGCUCGAUCGGUACGCUGCCCGUUUCGGUGUCUUCUCCUGUGAUUGAAUCUGAAGCGAAUGGGAUCGCGGAUACGGUAAUUAUACAACCCAAACGCGACACUAAUGCCACCAACAUCGACCUACUACAGGAUGUUGACGCUUCGAAGUUGGAUGCGACAGAGGACACAAGUCCUGGCCAGCACAACGUUGAUGACCCCGCAACGAAUGACAGUGCCAGUGAUGUCACCCUGGUGUCCGCUUCUGACAGCGACGGGAACGCGUUGGUGGAACGAAACGAACAUGUGUCAAUGUCAGACAACAAGGAGAACGUGUCACCGCCUAAGCCUGCACCAAACACGGUAGCCCUAUCUCCUUGGACUGGGCAGCCUCUUACGACAGUAAUAUCGAGAGAUACCGAUGAGAAAGUGUCCAGCAUAAAUCCCGAAUUGUUGAAGUAUGCGCCACCUCCUGGGAAGCCACCGCCGGUACCUCCACGGAAACCCAUGCAGAAUACCACAACCACCUUGGAAGAGUAUGCGCGUCAACAAGAUGUCACUGAGGUCAUGAAUCACUGUAUCAUUCAGUUGUCUUAUGCCAUGCGACCUACCGGUUUCGACAAGUCAGGAGAGCAACGCGACGAAGUACAUGAUUUGUUCUUCGGGCAGCAGGUCGUCCACAGCCAACCGGAAAAAGAAGCACCAAUGGUCUUACCUUUUUUGAAUAUCAUCACGCGAGUGUUCCACCGACCUGCUGAUGUAUACGCUGCGAUCGACAAUGAGUUCGAUCUCCAAGACGCACAAGACGGCGCAAAGGCGUAUUCGGCCAUCUCCAGUCUGCCGCCGGUUUUGAGCAUUGCCUUGGACCGGGUGUCUUGGAAUAACGAGACGAAACGUCAGGAGAAAUUGAAUUAUCAUGUCGACAUCCCGCAAACCAUCUACAUGGAUAGAUACUUGGAAAGUUCACCUGGCUCUGAUCUGAUGCAAAGACGACAGCAGACGUGGGAAAUUAAGAGAGAAUUAGCAUUACUCGUGGCCCGGAGAGAUGAGCUUGAGGAAAAAUAUGGCAAAUCUACAGAUGUCCCUAGCCUUCUCGAAGACGCAAAAGCUAUCCUGGAGUAUCUGGCUGAAGUACCUGGAGAUCAGGUAUCAGGCGAACUCGAUGUGAAUCCCAACGCCAUCACUACUCUCGGUAUUUUAGCCGCAAAUGCUCGUUCUGAGCUCGAACAAAUUCGCUCUCGCAUAUCCCAACUCUCUCAACAAAUCAAAGAAUCCUUCGUUGACAUGCGCAAACACCCUUACCGCCUGCACGCAGCGUUCUUCCACCGCGGUUCCGCUGGUGGAGGCCACUACUGGGUGUACAUAUUCGAUCACAAGAGAGAGGUGUGGCGGAAAUACAAUGACGAUCGUGUCUCUACCGUGACCAAUCUGAACGAGAUUUUUGGAAAUCCAUACGCACAAACCCAAGUCCAAGGUCAACAACAGCCAGCCACCAGCAGUGGCCUGAAUCCGCCUCCGAAUCCGUACCUUUUGAUCUAUCUGGACGCAGAUCGGAUUGACGAGCUAGCGGAGACAGUCAAGCGAGAGAUUGCGUAUCCGCCUCCCGACGACCCUCCCCCACUCUCGUAUCAAAGAGACAACCAGCCUCAAAGCCAGAUGACAGCCAUGCCACCCACCCAAAGAUUAGACAAUGGCGGAGACGUGACUAUGCUGGAGUAUGCCAAUGGUGGUGAGCAGGCCCAACCCUCACCACCGGAGCCUUCCGCCGCCCGCGACGCCUCCCGGCCAAAGGGCCCGAGCGUGCGGAAGGAAGGAAGUUGGGACAACAGCCAGCUGAUGAUGACGGACAGGAAGAUUGACUGGUAA